CUCUACUCGAGCGAGCGUCGCAUCGGUUUGUAAACAGAGUUUUAUUUCGCGCGAGGUUCCACCAUGGGGUCGCAACAAUUUUGUCUGAAGUGGAAAAGCCACUACAGCAACCUUCUGAGUGCCCUCGACCAGCUACUCUUCAGCGAAUCGCUCACAGAUGUCACGCUUGCCUGCGAAGGGUUUAGCCUCAAGGCUCACAAAGCAAUGCUGUCCGCCUGCAGCCCCUUCUUUCAGACCUUAUUUGCAGAGAACAGUCACCAGCAUCCAAUCGUCAUUCUCAAAGAUUUCAAAUUCUCAGAACUGAGAGCCAUUGUCGAUUUCAUGUACCACGGGGAAGUGAAUGUUUCACGUGAGCAGCUUUCUUCACUGCUGAGAGCUGCGGAGGCGCUUCAAGUGAAAGGCCUUACUGACCUAACCAGCGACUCUUCUGAACUGGCUGAACAGUUGCCCAGUUUGACUUCCUCUGACGUGCGAGCAAGUAAUGUGGAUUCGGCAAAUGUUGCAUCACCCCCGAAGAGACCACUGAAAUCGCCACCAAGCAGCAAGAGAAAAAGAGUCAGACCUCGACAUGUCACCCCUCGAGAGCAAGAAAGUCAGGUCUCAAGCAAUGAUGAGGUAGAGGAGGAUAACUCGAGUGAUGCGGAGUUUCUGCCCAAGCGGACCUCUGAGGCUGUUGCUACGCAAAGAACUACAAGGUCUAGCAAGGGUGCAAGCUCCUGCUCAGUGUUGGAAACUCUGUUGUCCACCAAAGAAAUGAGUGGCAACUGUGAGCAAAAGCAUAGGCUGCAUGCAUGUCACGAAACCACGGAAGAAGAAAAAGACUUCGAGACAUCACGGCUUCUGGAGCAAGCACUGGCAAAGAAUGAUGAGUCCAGUUCAAGUGCUGUAGACAGCAAUUGCCACCAGAAGAUGUUCCCAGCAUCUUCUCAGCUUAGCUUGCUGGCUACGGCAAAAAUGCUGGAGUCUGGUUCUGAGAAGCCAGAAACAGAAGAAGAUGCGUCUGCGCUGCUGGCAACUCUGGCAGCAUCAGGCGAAAGCUCCAACUCUGGCAAUAGUUCCGGGCAAGGUACUCCCCAUUCCCUAUUUCCUGCGAGAGGUGGUCGCAACUCUGGCUGGACAGAGGAGCAGAUGCAGCGGGCAUUGAGUGCUGUCUUUGCGGAAGGUGUGCCUAUGACAGCUGCGGCAAGGCGCUUUGGCAUCCCCAAGACAACACUGCUUUACCGGCUUCAAAACUCUCUGACCAGGCGCUCACCGAAAACUUGAGGAAUCCCUAGAGCAGCCAUUUUUGUGGAGACCCCCUUCUGUAUGUUGUGCCUGUUUGCAUUCAUCUCGCCAUAAAUCCCUUUUGAAUUCCAGUGAGGUAGGUGAUGGCGUGUGAGUUUGUGCUGUCUUUGAAAACCUCGUUACUUAGAUAUGAAGGUGCAUGCUUCUUCACGGCCUUUGUCAUCCCACAGGGAGAAAAAAAAGUUUUGAAGCUGCAGUCUACUCACUGGGAUACAUCAGUUGUAAGAAUUUUUAUGUUGCCUUUUUUAGUGCACAGUUGUUCACACCACUGUGUUCGCUUUCAAACGCUGGGGGUGAUCUAUUUGUGACGAGCGUAUAAAUGGAUUUGUCUGAACAUAAUCACCAGAAGCGGUCAAUAAACGGCAUUGCUGCCGUUAUGUCAUUUUGUAUGCCUAAGCAUGGUUUUAGAUGAAUUCUUUUAAGGUCACAAAGGUUUUGUAGGAGUUUUCGGUAUCCUGCCCAGAGUAGGCAUAACAUAAUGCAGCAUUAUUCAGAGGGUUGUAGCUGUGUGUUGGAGGAGGCUAACAUGCACAGUCAUUGCAGGCUUUGCAAGGUUUAGUAUUUCUGUAAAAGAAAGCUAAAGUGCUGUUUCUGUUGAUGAUAGCAAAUUGUGCAGUAAUAUAAGUCCAAAAUGAAAGACAUGCUAAAUGUAAGGAUUUCAAAGAAAUCAUUAUUCAUAGCAAAUCCUGUUUUGUUGCCACAUCAUGAGAAUUUCUCACUUCUUUUGGUAUAUGCAUCCACCAAUCCUAUUAGUGCCAUGCAACAAUUCUUUGCUGAGAUGAUCUGCUGUUGUAAAAACCUCAUACAACAUGCAGAAAUUACUUGAACAAAUUUCGUAACAGCUUUCGUUUCUGUGCAACAAGUGGUACCAGGAAGCUUAUAUGUAAGUUGGUGUAGCUUGACUGGCACCUGUCCCGUAAAUGCUGUUAUUGGGCAAGUAGUCUACAUAUCAACAGAAUAGCAUUGAGGAGCCUAUUUUUCAGAUAUUAGGGUGUUGGCACGGUUAAUUGCAAGUGCAAAAAAUCGCAAUAGGUUUAAAUGAUAAAAAUCGUGGAUCUAAGCCGUAAUAAAACUCUGGCCUUCUGCGUGGCAAGCAGGUGCUCUAUUACAGAACUACUGCAGUGCUUAAAACUGUUUUGGAUGAAAGUGCUAUCUAUACAGGUGUUAUAUAGUGCGAGGAGUAAUGAAAGCACAUGUAAUAUUGCGUGACAGAAGCGUAGAAUCACACCAGGCAUCACAUCAUGUGAGAUGUGCAAUGAGUGCCUUCUUUAAAGGGCCACCCAUUACAAAAUGCCCAGGUAUUGCAAAUGAUU